AUGUCUUUGCUGCAUUACUGGGACACUCAGUGCUCCGUGAAGCGCCGAAAGACCUCUGAAAAAGAUUCUGGGCUCGAAGUCAAAAUCCCUCCGGCCCAGGAGGAGCGACCUUUAAGCCCGAGUUCUUCCUCCGGUGCAGUGGACUCUCCGACUUCAGCACCGCUGUUCGAUGAACCGACCGGUUAUAUGCCUAGCAGCCCCACAGAGCUGGAGACUUCAUUGCCGAUUCUUGACACGGACGAAGAUGCUAUCAAGGUAUACGAAUCGUGCAAAUUGGAGCCCAAGGCAGAUGAAGAGCCAGGCUUGCAUGCCCGAUUACGAGACGGCGUGUGGCAGCGUGGGAAAAGCUCUAUCUACGUGGAUGCAUUCAAUCUGGCACUAGAAACAGUACUGGAUGAGGAGUCGCAUUUGUUCGACGAUGCGGAAAUGGAGGUUUUUCGACAGUGGAAGGACCUGUCGUACGAAUCACAGUAUCUAUAUGUUCGCCUGUUCUUACGAAAAACAUCUGCUUGGCACCGUAUCAGUCGACUCGGCUAUUACUCUGACAUUGCAGACUUAUCCGCCGUAGCAAUAGAUCUUCAGAAGGAUCGAGCACUGCCAAAGGUUGACGAGCAGACUCCGAAUGCAGGCGAUAUCUUCUUGAAGGGCACAUUUCGAUUCGCCGAUGGCACGGAUGAGAUCACCACGCUGGAAGAAGCGUCAUCGCUCCUGCUGCUUGACGAAGUGAAAGCAUUUGCCAAAGAAGUCAAAGCUCAAGGGAAGAACAAGAAAGAGCUACUCGCAGCUUUGUGUGAGUCCAGUCAGUCGCAGAUUGGACUUGGGUUCAAAGACCAGCCUGGUAAAAGGGAUGGCCACUUGCUCCAGAAGAUCCUUGACUUCACCGGUCAGUGCAUUCGACUCACCCCCGAACCUCGCGCACUCUUUGAGCGCGUGCACCUGGUCUUCUAUCGCUCGACUGAAUGGACUGAGAAGUCCCUGACUACAAUCAUUCUUGCCAAGAUCUCUCGUCGUAAUUUCCCAAAGUACAUCGUGUGUCGGUCCAAUUCGAUAUUCUCGUCCAGAGCUGCUCUUUUGGAGUUUGAGUCAGCCAUAAGGACGCAAUUUGACAUUGAUAAUAUCCUCGAGUUCAAUGGUGCUCCAAGUACAGACUCUCUUCAGCGAAUUAUCGAUUUGGCCGACCAGUUCUACCCACGAUGGAGGCAGCUUGUGGAUGAAGAGCAACGAAAAGAGGACUCUAUAUACGAAAGCGGCGAAGGUGCAUAUCUUCGCCGAUUCUCGCCUGCCUGGGUAUAUACGAGAGUCAUGCACAAGAGUCUGCUACCACUUGGGAGAUUCAAAGAACACAAGCGAGAGCAUGAGCUGCUGAGCGAAUUGCUAGAUCAGCGUCUGUUUCACGCCUCGCGUCGUGGGGCGUGGUAUCAGCGCAAAGCUUUGUUGGAAGAACAUUAUAUGUGGGCAUUGACGGCUUGCGAGGGCCGCAGUGAGGAAAACCAGCGCAAGUUCUGGAAACGAGUUGCGCUGCGAACGUGCGAAGAGGGACUGGAAGAUCCUCUUUGUCACCUCAUCUACCACUAUGAUCUUCAGAAAAGAAUCUCAAAGCUUGAGAGGGCGUUGAGAGUGGUGAAAAGAGAGCAACAUGACUUUGGACAUGUCAUGUUGAGUAAACCCGCCGAGCGGACGAUUGAGGGGAUUCGCAUUGAGAGCGAAGAUGGGCCGAAGAAAGGCAAAGCCACCGUUUGGAUUGAUGAGAGAGAAGGCGGGGAGUGUCGAGUGGAAAGUAUGUGUUUGAGUUGGUAUCGAGAUCAUGGGUGGAAGGGAUAUCAUUCUGAAGGAGGCAUCGUUCGAACAUUGUUCGGUCUAUUGUUCUACGACAUACUUUUCACGUAUGUUCCAAACGUUUUCCAGACGCCUUUUCAAACCUGUCCCUUGGACUUGCACACAGACGUAUUCUAUCCAUCUCGCGCCUCUGAGAUCAACCAUCGUCUGGUUGAAAUCACCAAUGGAGAUGCCGAGCGCAUUAUUAGAGACAUUUACGACCGCGAGUCCGCUGCCCAACCUUGCGCCAUUGGGAUCGACUGGUCAUUCGAACUAGAUGAUCUUCUCGAAAUUGUGCAAUGCUUCCGUGGCGAAGCCCUAGCCACGAUAUGCAAGGUCAUGGCGCAAGAGUAUCAGCAGCGCGGCGGUGGCAUACCUGAUUUGUUUUUAUGGAAGGCCGAAGAGCAAACGGUCUUAUUCUCCGAGGUCAAGUCUGAGAAUGAUCGAUUGAGCGAUACGCAACGGCUGUGGAUACAUAUUUUGCUUGGGGCGGGAGUACAAGUUGAGCUUUGCAACGCUGUCGCAAGAGAAGUCAGGACUGUAUAG